AUGUUCGGUGCUCGAGGAGGGAUCUUCAGCGAGGGGAAGCUACCGACCUUAAUAGAUCUUGAGAUCAGGAGGACCAGGAACAUCCCAGGGCCAGGAUCGUACAGUCCCCAGAAACGGCAGGAGAAUGAAGGUGUUCGCUUCAGUACAGCCAAGCCUAAGACGGAGCUUGAAUGGAUCGAAUACUACAAGGCCAAGAUGCCAGGGCCAGGACAGUAUCAGGUUCCUAUCACUCACCGAGGAAGGCUGGUCUCUGAACCAAGAUACGUCCGAUUUCCAACCGGAAAGGCCAAGUCUGAUCUCGAAUGGAAGAUUCUGCGGAGUCAGAAAAUCCCUGGUCCAGGCCAGUAUCACUGUGAGAUUGAUUGCAUUGGGAGUAGAACUGCAAAGCAAGAGCUGCCGCUUGCAAGGCCGGCCACAAAAGAUCCUGCCGAAGACCUGGAGAGAUUGAAGGCAAGCUUGGAGUCCGUUGGGACAAAAGCUUUGAGGCUGAAAGCUAUAGUUGAAAGCGUUACCCCAGACAAGAAUCUGAGAAGCCCUUACGAGAAUCCCUGCUACGAUCAGAUAAAGAAGCUGAAAAAGGAAGUUCGCAAAAAGAUUUUGCGUCAAGCAUAUGGUUUGUGGGGUCAACAGAAUGGGGCCAAACAAGAAUUAUUCCAAAGCCUUCAACCAUAUCUUCAAAACAAGAUUCACAAGAGUGGACCGGCUGUACGGCGAUCAAAGAAGAUUCGUGACGAAUCAGAUCCGGAGCUGCAGCAUCUUAUCGAAGUACUUGCAGAGCCAAGCUCGAACGAGGAGGACGAAGAUGGGGUCAAUCAGAAAAACUUGUCGCUGCUGCAGCUAAUGACUGUGGAGAAGUACGUGAAAGAUGAAAAGGGUUUUGCCGUUUUGGUGUGA